ACCCGCCUGUGUGCUCUGUGUAACAACCACAGGUCGAUGGCGAGCCGAAGCCGUCUUCAGCAACCGCUAUGGAGUCGGCAUCGGGAAGAUGUUGUAGCCACCGAGCCAAUUAUUCGUUGGCAGUUGCUGCAUUGCGCCCAAAAGGGCAAUGCUGUCGCCGUAUUUAGCUUCUGCAACGUCGGUUUCUGUUUGUUGCUCGGACGGGGUGAGCCUGUGCUACACGCUGUGCUACACGCUGUGUCACCGCACUUGUCUCAAGUUCAGCCUUUCUGUAGGAGUUUGCAGCCGUGCCCUGCUAUUGGCCAAUAACUUUCCAAGUUGUGUCUCGUUCUCCUUGCCCUCAUCUGCCAUGUGGGAAAGGUUACAAAGUUUCAUCAAUAAUAAAGAUCAUUGCCGUCUCUCUGUAUUUCUACAGAGUGACUGGCCAACACCCUCAGCGACUCCAGCUCAGGUGUCACAGCGAGAGGCAGAGAUGGAAGGCCUAUCUACUCAUCUGCCCCUUCUAGUAUCUGUUAUCCAUUUUUGCUGUCUUUCUUCAGCAUUUGAUAUGAUUACCAAGAUAAGUAUCUUCUAUAAUCAUAGAAUUGGAUCACCCGAAAGUGUUCCCAUUGCCCGGCCUCUUUGCUGCACCGGCUCAGGGUCACAGCAUCGUGAAUUCGCGGUGCUGUCUGACGGCGAACGACUUCCAAUUCGGGAGAUUAGUUGGUAAUUAUACUUUAACGCCACUGUCCUACAAAUUUCUGCUGGAUACCGCGAUUUCCCACAGUAUCUGUACCUCGACGUCGAUUCUCAAACACCUUUCCAAGCCAAUUUACCGAACAUGCAGAGCGGAAGCCGUGGCUGCAGCUUUCCGAAGCUUCCAGGGCCAGACGGGCACCCACUGCUAUGAUAUCGGGUUGCAUAUUUUGCGCCCCUUGAGUCGUGAGUAUGGAACGCGACCAUGACUCGGCGCUCCUCAAGCCGCAAUUAUGAACAACAACGGCAUGGCUGAAAAAAAAAAUUAUCAGUGGCGCCAU